AUGGAGAAUUUAGACUACAGCAUAGAUCCGUGCGACAAUUUUUACAAAUUUGCUUGCGGUAAAUUUAUAAAUUCUAUUGUUAUUCCGGAUGACAAAACAUAUGUUGAUGCUUUUAGUUUUGUUGAAGAUAGAAUUCAAGUGCAAUUGAAAGAUGCUCUCGAGGAGGAAAUCAAACAUAACGAGACAAGACAUGUGAAAAUAAUUAAGACUUUUUAUAAAAAUUGCAUAAAUGAAAUUGCAAUAAAUGAGAAGGGCUUGCAAACUGCGAUUGAUAUUUUGAAGAAAUUAGGUGGAUGGCCCGUUUUGGAAGGAGAUUCUUGGAGAGAAGAGAAUUUUAACUGGCAACAAUUAGUUUAUAAAUUUAAAAGAGAAAGUAUUCCGCUAACUAAUUUUUUCGAAUCAGGAGUUGUUAUUGAUUCAAAAAACAGUUCAAAAAGAGUAUUAUAUAUUGAUCAACCACUACUUGAUCUGACUCAUGAAAAUAUUAAACAAGGUUUCAGCAAUAACGUUGUUGAAGCUUACUACAAAUACAUGAUUGAUAUAGCAGUUGAUUUUGGAGCUGACGAAACAAAGGCCAAAUGGGAGUUGAAAAAAUCACUCGAAUUAGAAAUGAAUUUAGUGAAUAUUUCAACGCCAGAGGAUCGAGAUGAAAGUGUGCUGUACUCCCUGACAAUAGAGGAACUUGAAAAAAAGUAUACUAGUAUGUCGUGGAAACAGUACUUCAACAGUUUACUGAAUUUAGAUAAUCAAAUUGACGAAAACGAUUCGGUGUUAGUCAAGAAUCCCACUUUCUUCAGUGAAUUUGAAAAGUUAAUAGAGCAUGUUCCAAAAAGAGAUCAAGCAAACUUUAUUAUGUGGAAAGUAGUCAAAGGGAUGAUCAGUUAUCUAGACGACAAUGUCCGAAUGAGAGAGUUAAGAUACUUAACUGAUACCGUUGGACAAAAAGAAAGAGAACCUAGAUGGAAAGAAUGUGUCUUACAUGCAAUGGAUAACUUUGGACACAGUAUUGGUUCGAUUUAUGUCAAUAAAUAUUUUAAUAGAGGAUCUCGAAGUGAUGUACGAGAAAUGUUCGAAAACAUAAGAGAUGCAUUUGGAAAUCUUUUGAGAAGGCUGAAUUGGGUAGACGAUGUAACGAAGAAAUAUUUAUUAGACAAACUCGAAUCAAUGGGAGCUUUCAUUGCUUAUGCCGAUGAACACCUCGAUGAUGGAAAGAUUGAUGAGUUCUAUGAAAAACUGGAAAUAACGAUUGGAGAUCAUGUCGAAUCGAUGUUGAAUCUAACGUUAUUCAAUACUAAUUAUUUAUUAGGACUGUGGAAAAAACCUGUGGAUAAGGAGAGUUGGACUUUCAGCGUCAGCCCAGUAAUUGUAGAUGCAUUUUAUUCGUUGAAUAUUGAUAGCAUUCUCGUUCCAGGAGGUAUUCUUCAAGGAGCUUUUUAUAGUAAAGAUAGACCCUCGUUCAUGAAUUAUGGUGCUAUCGGUUUUUUAAUAGCUCACGAAAUUACUCACUUUUUCGAUAUAAAUAUGAAGAAGAUUGCAGAGGAGAAAGCAAAGAAAUAUAUUUCAAAAGUUGAAUGUUUUAUUCAGCAAUAUGAAAAUUACACAGCUGAAGAUGUUAGUCUGAAUUUAAACGGACGCAGCACCCAAAGGGAAAAUAUUGCAGAUAAUGGGGGGAUAGAAAUUGCCUAUUUAGCUUACAAAAAAUGGGUAGAAGUGCAUGGACCUGAAAUGAUUUACGAUACAAAAUUGACACAAUCUCAACUUUUCUGGAUUAGUACUGCUCAAAUUUGGUGUACUAAAUACAGACCCAAAGAGUUGAUAAAUAAAAUUUCUAACGACAUAUACAGUCCAGCAGAAUUCAGGGUUUUGGGAUCAUUUUCCAAUAGACCCGAAUUCGCAAAAGAUUUUAAUUGUUCAAGUGACUCUAAGAUGAUAGCAAAAAAUAUAUGUUCUGUUUGGUAAAAUUAUUAAUAAAAAAUGGACUAGUGCUAGUAAAAAUAAUUU